AUGUCGAAUUAUUUAUCAAACGUUCUAGAGUGCCUCCAAAGUUCAGCAACGUACUACUUCACUAUAACUGCAGCAAUUACAUUGAGUAUGAAAUUAAUCAGAAUACAACUACCGGAUCAACAAAAUGACUCAACAGUAAAAUCUGGUAAAAUUGUCUGUUUCAAUAGUCAAGUUCAAGUUCGUUAUUUUGACAACAAAUCUGUGAUAGGGACCAGCGAAGAAGAUGACGUUGGUGAUCUUUGUUUGAUAAGUAAAAGAAAAAAUAAACGCAAAUCAAAGUAUACUUAUCAAGGGAAAAAACUGACUAAGAAGGAAUAUAGAAGAAAGCUUUUUCUAGCUACAGAGCAUGAAAUUUUCUUCCAUAGUCACUUUUCAGGCGUAUUUAAUAAAAAAGGAUUUGAAGAAGAUUACUUUGAAGAGAUCUUCAAGACCCAUUGGAGUUUGUUUGAACCUUUAAAGACCAAUUUUGAUAGAAUGACUGAAAUUUUUGAUGAGGCUAGUAGGGCCGCGGACGGUUUAGCUGAUGAUUUCAAUAUUAUAGGUUGUCAUUCGUUUCCUGGAUCCACUAAUAUACCCAAGGAGGAAUAUGAUACUGAUAAUGAAGGUUUACAUCCUGGUAACUAUCCAAAAAACGUUAUUACUUGUCCAAAUAGAGACUUUGGCUCUUCAAACAACAACGGUUCUCGUCCAACGCGGAGGGUUCUCCAGCCAACAAAUACCUCAACUCCUGAUGACGAGCUUGAUCCCCCAGUGCGUUAUAUUGUUCCUUUCAAAACCAAAAAGAGAAGAAGAGUCCUAUAA